ACGAUGCUUAGGGUUGAUGCCGCCCGCUCCUGCGAGGAGUUGCUGCUGGAGCUACUCGGACAGGCUUCGCUGUACAGCAACUGAUAUGUCCCUAGCAAUUAUGUCUCAAGUCCUGCCAAGUGCCAAUGGUGUUCUAGCUAGUUAUACAUUUAUGAUGUCCCCAAAGGUUGGUAGUUCAGGAAGCCUGGAGAAAAAUAUGGUUCUGCCUUUUAUCAAGGAUAUCCAAAAGUUUAUAUGUACCAAAACACCGGCUUUACCAGAAACUUCUUUUGAGUUGCUUAGAGAAGUGAUCCCAGAUUUCGCAUCUAUGGUCCCACCGUCCCCAGUGCAGCAGGGUGGCAAGAACAAUGGCAAUGACCAGUCGUUCUGCAGCAUCAGCCCUGAUCAUGUAAACACAGAGAGGCAUGGGUGCCAUACAGAUAGUUCUGAUUUUCAGCGACAGAAGGAUCCUAUGGAGCGAACUCCAGAUUUGCAUGAACCAUCUAGGCUGUACAAUAGGUGUUACGAUCGCCCUCAAGAAGAUACCAUUGGUGUCAGUGUCAGGUCCGCACAAACGAGUCCAAGUAAAGAUAGUAGAAAAAUGUCCAUUACAACUGAGCCUGCUUCAGCUAGCUGCAGUGCUGCUUUGCUCCGAAGUAAUACUGAACUUAUGUCAAAGCAGGAUGCGGUGGAGACUACCAUGUCCCAAGAAAAGAGUCCUACUACCAUUCUUCAGCAAGAAUCCUGUGGAGACAAGUACAGAAAUCCAUGCCACGAUAAUGAUGGAGAGAGACCACAUGGUGAUGACACCAACAUUCAUUUAUCAAAGAAUCUCAGUCAUGAAGGAUUGACCAUGCAGGCUAUGGUGGCUCCAGAUUCUGACAGAACUAAUGCUUUAUGGACAAAUACAUUUGAAACGAAUCACUUGCCUGAGUUUGUUGCUGCAGAUGUUACAGGCGUGAUGACAGAAUUACAUGGCAGAAAAACCCAAAGGAAUUCACUGCAACAUGACAGUGGCGAGACAGCAGUUCAAGUUCUGGAUGAGGGUAGUGCCAGGAUUCAGCUAGUGGAAAAGGGUCCUGGUCAUAAUGAACUGAAUCUGCAAACUGCUGGUGUUGUACCUUCUGUAAGCUGCAACAGGGCUGUUCAAGGAGAUAAAUCUGAAACCAACCUUCAACAAGAGAAUGCUACAGGGCAUUCUAAAAUAUUUGAGAAGAAUGGCGUUAAGGCUCAUCUCGAGGUCAGUUGUGCUGACAAAGCUAAUCCAGCACUACUUGAUGAUGUCAACAUCUUGGAAAAUAAUACAUCCGGUGGUAGGCAGACUGCUCUAGAUUCUCCUUGCUGCAAUGUGCCGUCCUCUAGUCAGGAUAAAGAUGCCAAUGGUUCCAUCAAGGGCCUUACGGAGCAAGAUUUGUGCAUAAAAUGUGGUAAAGAUGGACAGUUGCUGAAAUGUAGCAGCUGCUCAUUAGCCGCCCAUGAUGGCUGUUUUGGUUCACCAGUGACUUUUGAUGCUUCUGGCCAGUUUCAUUGCCCUGUAUGCUUCUAUACUAAAGCUACCGAAGCAUAUCAAAAGGCUAAAAAAGCAUAUUUGGAAGCUAGGAAGAACCUAUCUGCUUUCCUUGGCACAAAGCAAUUCCCAAAGCUAGAUGAACAAUCUACUGGAAAACAACAAAUAGCUACCAACAGCAAGGAUCACUUGAAUGAGUGUAAUACAUCCAAAAGGCAAGGUAACCAUCAAUCUGAAGCGGAUAAUCUUUCUCAUAUGGAUGAAGAACCUAGUCUGCAGAGGAAUAAGCAGAGAACAAAUGAUACAAGUGUUGCGUGUCCUGAGGAUCAGUUGAAUGGGUGUAAUACAUCCGAAAGGCAAGGUAACCAUCAGUCUGAAGCUGACAACCUUUCUCAUAAGGAUGAAGAACCUGGUGAGCAGAGGAAGAAGCAGAAAACAAAUGAUACAAGUGAUGCAUGUCCUGAGGAGGAUCAGUUGAAUGGGUGUAAUACUUCCAAAAGGCAAGGUAACAAUAAGUCUAAUGCAUAUAACCUUUCUCAUAAGGAUUUAGAACCUGGUCAGCAGAGGAAGAAGCAGAAGACAAAUGCGACAAGUGAUGCUUGUUGUGAGGAGGUAAUCACUGAAAAGGCAUCUUUUGGUCUGAAUUCUAAUAUUGCACCAAAUAAAGAUUCUGUACUCCAAAAUAAAAGAAAACAAGUUCAUGUUACAGAGCAUGAGCAGUCUGUGGAAAAUGCAGAAGCCCAUGAAGAUGGUAACGGCAAUUCAUUUUGUGAACCGCAACAUUCAUCUCAGAACAGAUGUAGUCCUGUUGUCAGUCAGAAUGUUGAGGCUGAUAAACAUGUCAGUCUUACAACUUCUCAUGAGUGUGAAAGUUCCGAUGAAAUAGAAGCUACGUCUUCAAAUGAUUCUGGCAAGCAGUUGUCACCCCUUUGGCGAAACAUGAGACACCACAAAGCAAAAUUUCAAGAAAAGGAGACUGUAGUAUCAAAAAAUUCUAAAAAGGCAUUGGGAUGCCAGGAUCAGCACAUGCCUUCACCAUCAAGAAAACGGAAGUAUGCACCACCCAAGCGUUACUGUAAUCCUGUUGCACCAGCUGGAAGGCGCUCAAAGCUCUGUUGGACAGAAGAAGAAGAGCAAGCUUUGAGGGAUGCAAUGUUAAAAUUCACCCCAAAGGACGAUGAGCUGAUUCCAUGGAUUCAGAUAUUAGAAUAUGGUAGGAAUGUGUUUCACAAGGCACGCCUCCCGAGUGAUCUGAGAGUCAAAUGGAGGAAUAUGAAGAAGAAAUCAGAAUCCUAGUAUUGACUGGCCAU